AUGUUCUCGUUGCUCUGUCACCUCGCUUCAGCCUUCGUUGGCGCCCUUGUUCCAGUGUUUUACUCCUACAAGACUAUAAAGAAACCUACUCAAAAGAUGCUGUCUUACUGGUCCAAGUAUUGGGCCGUAUUUGGUUCUUUCCUUGCCGUAGACGCUGUGCUGGACUCGAUUUUUAUCAGCUACUUUAUCCCAUUCUAUGAGUUUGGAAAACUUCUCUUUCUGCUUUGGGCUGUCAAUCCGUACACUGCAGGAGCCCAGUUUGUAUUCGAUAAGGUACUCGCACCAUUUAUUAAACGUCACGAAAAGAAGAUGGAUGUUUAUGUUGAUACCAUGGUCGACAAUGUUAUGACGCAUGGUCCAGAAUUGGCUGUGACGGUUAGUUCAGCUGUAGCUCUUCAGCGAUUGCACAUACUUACAAUUUAA